GGUGUGGUGAAGCACAAGUUUUCCACGCACGGGGUUUGUAACCUCUUAGUCCGGAGAGACAUUUCGCUUCUGCGAGAUAAAAGAGGCACGGACCCCCCCGAGGCCGACGGGGAAGGGGAGAAGACUUCUCCGCCUGCCCCAGCCCGCGCCAUGACGACAGAAGCCAGCGUGGUCGGCGAGGCGGAGAGCCAGCAGCAGCCCCAGGAGCCCGAGGCAGCGCAGGACCCCGGCCCCUCGGAGUCCCAGAACCCCCCCCAGGAGGAGCCCCCCAGCUCGCCCCCGGAGGAGCAGCUGAAGCCCCGCAGCCGGUCGUCGGCGGGCCGCGGGCUCUCGCGCCUCUUCUCCUCCUUCCUGAAGCGCCGCUCGCAGUGCUCGGAGGGAGACGGCCCCGAGGCCGAGAAGGGGGACAAGGAGAAGAAAGAGAAGGAGCGGGAGCAGGAGGCCCAGCCGGCGGGGCCCGAAGAGGAGGUGUUCCUCAAGGCUCCCAUCGCGGCCCCUGAGCCCGAGCUAAGGGCUGAGGGAGACCCAGCCCUCGACCUGCACUCGCUCAGCAGCGCAGAGACUCAGCCUGCCCAGGAGGACCAGGAGAACAAGGAGGACCCGGACACAGAGAAGGACUCGGAGGAGGAGGAAGGAGGCGCCGAGGAGGAGGAAGAGGAAGAGGAGGAGGAGGGAGCGGAACAGGCUGAGGAAGGGAAGGCGGGGGGUGAGGCGGAGAUCAAGGCGCCGGAGGAGCCCCGGGCCCCCAAAGCCCCACGCAAACCCAGAAGCAUGCACUGCAGGGUCACGCUGCUGGACGACACUCUGUACGAGUGUGAGCUGGAGAAACAUGCCAAGGGCCAGGACCUUUUCAACAAGGUGUGUGACCACCUCAACCUCCUGGAGAAGGACUACUAUGGACUGGCCAUCUGGGAGACUCCCACACAGAAGACCUGGAUGGAUGUUACCAAGGAGAUCAGGAAGCAGGUGCAGGGUACUUCCUAUGACUUCACUUUCAAUGUCAAGUUCUACCCCCCUGACCCGGCCCAGCUGACUGAAGACAUCACCAGGUACUACCUGUGCCUGCAGCUCCGGAAGGACAUCCUGAGCGGCACGCUGCCCUGUUCCUUCGUCACCCUGGCGCUGCUGGGCUCCUACACCGUGCAGUCGGAGCUGGGCGAGUACGACCCCGAGCUGCACGGCGCCGACUACGUCAGCGAGGUGCGCCUCGCCCCCAACCAGACCAAGGAGCUGGAGGAGAAGGUGAUGGAGCUUCACCGCACAUACAGGUCCAUGAGUCCUGCCCAGGCGGACAUGAUGUUCCUGGAGAAUGCCAAAAAGCUGUCCAUGUAUGGUGUGGACCUGCACCAGGCCAAGGAUCUGGAGGGUGUGGACAUCACGCUGGGGGUGUGCUCCAGUGGCCUGCUGGUCUACAAGGACAAGCUGCGGAUCAACAGGUUCCCCUGGCCCAAGGUCCUCAAGAUCUCCUACAAGCGCAGCAGCUUCUUCAUCAAGAUCCGCCCCUCAGAGCAAGAGCAGUACGAGAGCACCAUUGGAUUCAAGCUGCCAAACUACAGAGCUGCCAAGAAGCUGUGGAAGGUCUGUGUGGAGCACCACACCUUCUUCAGGCUCACCUCCACAGAAGCCACCACUCCGCGGAGAUUCCUGGCCCUCGGCUCCAAGUUCCGCUACAGUGGGCGGACGCAGGCCCAGACGCGCCAGGCCAGCUCCAUGAUCGACAGACCGGCCCCGCAGUUCCAGCGCACGGCCAGCAAGCGGGCGUCUCGGAGCCUGGACGGAGCUGGAGGUAAGUCUCCUCAUGCGGAGCUGAAUCCAGUAGAAGAGCGGAAGGAGGAAGAUGAUUGGUUUGUUCUGAUGGAUCCUAACCAAUCACAGCUCAAUCCCGAGCCCUCAGCCGCCGGAGAAGCUACCCCAGCCCCGCCGAAGCCAGCGGUGGAUCAGGAGGAGAAGGAAGACGACUGGUUUGUGUUGCUGGACCGCGCAGCUUCCCAGCACACGCCUGAGCCCCCAGCGGGGGGCAGUGUUGCCCAGCCUCGUCCCACGGCCGCAUCAGCGCGAGAGUGGCAGGAUGACUGGUUUGUGCUGCUGGACACCACCCCCAGUUCCCCAGCGGUGGUGCCAACCCCUGAUAAGAGCACGCGCCCGGUCAGUGCCCCGGUCAUCUCCCCUGUGCCCCGGGGAGGGGAGCCCAGCCUGCCGGCUCCUGCCUCGGCCGCCCCCCCAGCUGACCAGCGGGAGCUUCCCCCUGCCGCGCCCCAGCCUCCCAAGGAGGAGCAGAGGACGGCGGAGGUGAAGUCUGAGGCCCCGGCCUCCGAGCCCUCCAGACCGGAGCCCACACAGGAAGUCAAGGUGGGGAGGGAGAGGAGAGAAGGCCCAGCAGUCACCGCCAGUAAUGGCGAGAAAGCUCAGCGCCCUCCGGUGGCGGACGAGGAGCUGGUGCGAAUGCGGAAGAAAAGAGCAAAGAAAAUUGAGGGUGAAACUAUAUAUAUCAGACAUAGCAAUUUAAUGUUGGAGGACCUGGACAAGACGCAGGACGAGAUCAUGCGUCACCACGCCAGCAUCAGCGAGCUGAAGCGGAACUUCAUGGAGUCCGUGCCCGAGCCGCGGCCCAGCGAGUGGGAGAAGAGGCUGUCCACACACUCGCCCUUCCGCGCGCUCGGCGUCAACGGGCAGGCGCAGCCGGGCUCCGACGGGAAUUUAUGUGGUAUUCCUGACAAUGAGCCUUUAGACAUUGUGGCUCUGAGGGAGGACAAUGGCCCAGACAUCACCCGGGAGGGCGGGGCCCUGCUGAGCUCCUCCUCUGGGGGCAGGGCUUCUUGUGCGGUCGAUGAAGGGGUGGAGUCAUGUCACGAGGAGGAGGAGCUUGGUGGGGAAGGGCUCCUUGAGCAGGCGGAGCCAGAAGUCAUACCCGAGGAACAGGCUGCACAAACCAUCCAAUCAACUGAGCCCCAUGACCUGAGAAAGUGUGGCACCCCCUGUGUGUGUGGUGGAAGUGAGGAGGACCCUGCAGCAGAAGCAUCACAGCCUUUUGAGGUUGAAGGAGCUUCCCUUGCCUCCUAUUAUGUAUGCGAGAAUCGUCCUUUCCUCAUUCGCUGCUUUCAGCCGCCCCUGGUGAAGACGCAGACGGUCACCAUCUCGGACGUCUCGAACUCCGUCAGGAGCGACUUCAGCACCAAGGAAGUUCCCAUUGUCCACACCGAGACCAAGACCAUCACCUACGAGGCAGCCCAGCUGGAAGGCAGUCCGGCAGACAGAGACCCCGGCGUCCUUCUGAGCGCCCAGACCAUCACCUCCGAAACCAUCGGCACCACCACGACCACUCAGAUCACCAAGACGGUGAAGGGAGGAAUCUCUGAGACGCGCAUUGAGAAGAGAAUUGUCAUCACUGGAGAUGCUGACAUUGAUCAUGACCAGGCUCUGGCCCAGGCCAUAAAAGAGGCCAAGGAGCAGCACCCUGACAUGUCUGUCACCAAGGUGGUGGUGCACCAGGAGACGGAGAUCACUCCAGAGUGACCAUUGCAGCCAUGGGUGAGCAACGAGGCAGCGAUCAGGAGAGUGACCGAACAAUCCCCCCCCCCCCCCACUCUACACCAGCCCUUCCCUGCUCCUGAGUGCAGCUUCAUCACAUCACAGCUCCAACCUGCCUGGUCGGUGAUGGCAGAACUACCCCAGCAAGUCACCCCGACGCCCCCCCUGCCUUUUCUCUACACCUCCAGUCCAGGUCCCUUCCAGGGUGACACUCCUCAGAACGUUUGCUGGGCCUCACUGUCUGGGAUGCACCACCCUUCGAUCAGGAAUCUAUCAGGGACUCUGUGCAACUUCUCCCACCCUCACUAUUCCUCCCUUUCUCUCCCCACACGUGUGCUUUUAUCACAGAGGUCUGGCCUGCUCCUGCUGGUCACUCAGGAUUGAGACCCACAACCUCUUCUUUUUUUUACUGGACUUUGGGAUUUUUCAUGUUUCUUUCUGCUUUUUCUUUGUCGUUGUGGCUAUUGUUAGAUCGCCGUAGACAGUGGGUCCUUUGUAUAUCUUAGAGAAUUUAGCUGAAAGAGACGAGUAAAGAAAGAAAUGGCAGUCCAACGCUUUUGUCCUAUCUGGGAGCAGGAAGUGGAGCCGACGGACGCCUGUGGCAUAUUAUCCAUACUGGGGCCAUGUUUAUUUUCAAGAAUGUGUUGUCUUUUGUGCUUGAUCUACAGUACCAGCCCUUAAAUGGAGCCAGAUAUUUUAAAUAAUUUCUCAAAUGAAUUGUGUGGCCGAUCAAAAGAGGCGACAACUCUGCAACCUGCCUCCAAAUAUGAAAAUCCCGUUCAACCGCCAAUACUUUUCAUUUUGUUCCUACAGCAUUACAAAUCUGCCAUGCAUUCCUCACACUUUGCACCACGCGAACUGCGGAUGAGUAGUCCGCCAGGUGUUUUUUUGCUGUUAAUGUGUAUUUUUUCAUGGGGAGGAGGUACAGGGGGAUAUGAUGCUAGGUUUUUAGCUCUCUUUCUUGUGUGUACGUGUGCAGAAUUCUAGACAACGAGGCUUUUAAUAUAUAGUUGGGUUUUUAUUACACAAACCAGUGACAAAUCCAGUGAUAAUGCACCACUGCAGUAGCUUUAGGUCUUUUAUACUGUGAAUUGAGGAGGCAGCUUUUCUGUCUCGCAAUCCCAUUGUGCAUUUCUAUUUUUUCAGCCAAGGGGACAGUAUAUAUAUAUUCAGAGGGGAAAAACAGGAACAAGUUGAGAAAAGAGCAACACUUCAAUUGAUGGAGACCCUUAAAAAUUCCCUGUUAUCUUUCCAAUGUUCCUGUUGGUGUGCUAUUAGUGUUACGGCUGAAGAAUAUGGUUAUAACAUAGAGUUUGAUCCUGGCAGUUUUUUUAUUCGGUUUUAGAGCGGUGAGACCUUCAGGGCCAGUGCGUGGUGUCCAGUGUCCAGUGCCGCACAUUCUCUUGUCGGUCCUGAGCAUGAGAAGCCGAUCUGUCAUCCACCCAGGCCCGGCACUGCGGAGCCUGGAUCUGCGUGUGGGUGUGGAAAAGGUGCCCGUCUGCCCUUUGUCAUCCUGUCCGGGCAGCACAGGGGUCGCUUCCUGUGAGCCAAGACAGAAUGCAAACAGCUGGCAGGUCCAGAUAGAAAAAGUGCAAAACAUCCAUCAGGAAAAAGCCUGCAAAAAAAACAACAAACAAGCAAAAAUCGGCCAAAAUUCUAGUUCUCUGAUUGUGUUUUAUAUACUGUCCCUUGAAGUAACUCAUUCUCAAAGGAAGGGAACAAUCUAUUUUUAAAUGUUUGAUCUAUUUUAGACUUUAUGCUUUUAUAGUAUUCUGUACAAAAAAAAAGUGUUUGUUCUUUUUACAUGUUGUCUUUUUAACUGUGACAUUUCCUUUAAAUGGGCAGCAUCAGAAGGAGCAGUUCUUGAAGAGCAUAAAGUUUUGCCAGUGCUGCUCUCUCUGCAUCUACUGAUGUUCCUUUGUACAAAGAGAAGCUGACUGAAUGCUGAAUAAACUGCAGAGACACCUGUUUCCACACACAUUUGCUGCAGAAUGUGCCGUCUUGUCUUUUUAUAUUUUAUUAAUAGAGCUGGCUCAUUCAGAACUACUGUUUUGUCAGUUGUUCUUCAAGUUUAAGAUAAAUCAGCUUAAGACAGGAAGGGCAUGCUUGUCCUUUUAAAGAACAGUUUACAUUUUCUAAAAGUAACCCUGUAUCGGUGUCAUCAUUUAACAGUUGUGCUGAAAGGAGAGUUUAUUUUUAUGAUUAUAGUUACAAUCUAAACGCAUAUAUAUAUUUUUACGAUUAAUUAACUGAUGUAACUCUAUUACAGGGAUUAUUCAUUUAACAAGGUUGGAUUUGUAAAUGCAUAGGCCAAUUUAAAUUUACACCAGCAAAGUGCUAGGGUUCUGUAUAAAUUGUAGUUUUAAUACAAAAGACUUCUGUGUUUCUCAUCUCGACACGAGAGUUUUUAUAUAAGCAUUUUGAUAUGCAUUUUCUUAACUGACAGAACCGAAUAAAAAAUUUGCAUCCAACAUGAAAGAGAACCCUCAAACCAUUUCUGCGGACCCUCAAAAUGGUCUUAUUUACAGAGGCAAGAUACUGUAGCUGGCUUUUUGUCUUGUAAUAAACAUUGUGAGAUUUUUCUAAAAGUUCACAAAGCUUUCUGUAAAAAGAGCAUAUAUAUAAAUACACACUGUACAGAUCUGUAGUGUCAUAUUUUCAACACCACACCACAACCCUUAUUUUUCCUUUUGUCGGGGCCCUCAUGGGUUCCCUUCCUGAAGAAAAUGCAAUUUUUUACAUCGCAGAAAUAAAUUGACAUUUUCAAUUUCUUUACAAUGACGCAUGCCUCUAGUCUGUCAUAUCUACUGCAUAAUUAAAUUGAUUUAGAGCAGUAAACCAUGACACCACAAAUAAUAAACAGUGAAGGUUUUUUCCACAAGUAUGCGAAGGCAUUUGGGGGAAAACAAAUUGAGCACGUGUUUGACUGCAGUGUCCCGUGACGUUUCCCUGAAAGUGAAAGAUGCACACGGACUUGGAGGCCCUCCAUUCACUCUGCGGGGAAGGGCAGCUGUGACUGACCUGCAGGCUGUGUGUCAUCUACUGACCGCUGACUGGCAAGUCACGCCAUGCGAUCCCUUCCCAGUCCAGUAUUUGUCUCUCGUCUUUGGAAAUUGCCAUUGAAUCUAAAGUCUCCGCAGUCACUAAAACAGUGCGGUCUUUAUGGAAGCUGGAGUGCUUCCACAAAUGAUGUGAAUCUGUUUUGACAGGCAUAACGCAUUUCUGACUGAUGUGCAUGUGAUGGGCAGCUGCCUUUAGCCGACAUGACUGUUGCAUUUCUCAGCCUUCCAGCUGUAUUUUGCUGUUUCCCUUUCUGGGAUCCUGUAACAGGAGCUGUGCUGUCUGCAUUGACCCCUUACACCUUGCCAUGUGCUUUGUCUAGACUCCGCCCCCAUCAGCGUUCUGCUGGCGUCUCGUUGGCUGCCCGUGUAGGUGGCGUAUCAUUCGGAAACAGCUGGCUGUGCUGCUUCCAAAAAGGCCACGCAGGGGCAUUUGAGAAAAGUCGGUGAGAAGCUACAGCAUCAGCAGCACGGCACAUCCGAGUGACCGAGAUGUGAAAAGGACUCGAAGAUUAGUGGCUGAUGUCAGUGCUAUUUCUUUUUCUCUUCAAAAUCAGCCCAGAAAUCGCCAGUGGCCAGUCAGGAUAUUGAAAUACCUGCAGCUUAGGAAAGAAUACGUGUCAAGGGCGUGUAUUGACUUAACAUUUUGGCACAUUUCCUUGUGUCAGAAUUUAUAUGAAAAGAAGACUUGGGAAAUGAACUUUAUUCUGGGGGAGUCUGCACAUACAUGUUGACCUUCAUAAUUUGAAUGUUAUCACUUUGGGGAAAAAAAUAACAUUACAAAACGGGAGAAAACUGGCCAGAGUUGAAGAUGUCAAGACUGCAGAGAAUGAGUUGGGUCCUUUCCUUUUCAUUUAUUCUAUAUACUUUUCAGUCAGUUCAUGAGAGAAGGAGAAAAAGUCUAGUCUUUUCAAAUGAAGCAUGAUGGCUGUUCAAACCGUGGGGAUAGGCUGGUCCCAGUGACUGGCCUUGGCUCAGUUUGUCAUGUUCUGAGCUACAGGUGAUGUCAGCAGUUGAUAAGCUGCGUUUUGAGGAAAAACCAUCAGGUUGGGUCUUUGUAGGGUAUAUUUUACUUUCCUUUCAUUGUUUGUAUCUUUUUGUAAGUGUGCUAAUUUAUUUUUGUACGUUUUAUAAUGAACACUUGGUCUGUGUUGUGUAGUUGUCACUGAACAAACUGGUGUUCAUCGGUACUCUGAGCGUGUUGUAUCUUCCGUCUUGAAAUCAGUCUUUCUGGUUGGCAACACAGGAACCCGCUCUCGGAGAAGGAUCGUUUAUUUUCUCAAGCGUUUGGAAUAAUGAGACUGUAGAGAAUAGACGUGCACUUUUCCUGGUCAUUUUUACUUUUUUGCUUUGGGAAAGAGACGACAAAUAUGCAGGAUAAAAAGGAUGCCAGAAACAAUUUCUUUGUGUCUUUCUGGCAGACAUCUGAAGAGCAGCUAACAAGAACAGGGGAAAAUUCAGGGCGAGGAGUUUGUAAAGUCCCCUGGACUUGUCUCUUGGUAUGCUGCAAUUAUAGUGACACACAGACAUAGCUGUGUUGAGAAUUCGAUUCAUGUAUCUGUUUUCCUUCUCUGUUUUAUUCUGAAAAAAUGCUGGAAAAUAAAAAUGAAGUGUCUCAACUGUCAA